AUGGCGUCCUGUGUCGUGUUUCGUUGGUCCAUGUUUGUUAUAGUUUGGCCCUUGCUUCUCCUCCCUUCGACCCAAGAAGUUCAAGUAAGGGUAAGCUGCCACAAGUAUUUGACGAACUUUGCCCACGUAGCGGCGAACUUCACUUCAUGUGCUAUACAGCAUUCUCGUCCUUUCCGUUUUUGCUGCAGUUGUAAUAAGGCCUAUGUCGCGGUACUUAACAUACACAGGGCUAUUGUAGGUAACGACACUUGCCGCGGUGACUUGGUAAUGGGGGAACAGCAUCAGAUUGUGGAAUCUGCGUAUGAUUUUGUGGUAAAUCUCUGGACAAGCUCUCACUGUCCAGGUCGGUAAGCGGACAACGUCCCAAAGAGUUGUUUCAUGACUGUGAUAAUCAUGUAAGCAGGCCAGCAGCAUUUAAAUGGCAGAGGGAGCUGCUUAAUAGAGUUUAUGAUUACAAUCUUGAAAAAAAAAGUUCUCUGAGACAAAAGCGGACUUUCCUAAUCAACUUUAAAAGGAAAAAACACUUUCCCAGCAAACCCCCUUAGUCAUGAAAUAUGCUAUUUCCACCUCUCCCAUGAUAAAAUACCCGAGGGGGGAGGAAGGAGGAUACUGUCCAACAUUGGGUGGCAAGGUAUGUGUUGGCCAAAGGGGUAGGAUUCUCCAGAUGUUUUGGGCCAAAAACUAGUUUGAAUUCAGUUUAUUGUGAUCUCAAGUCAGACAGGGUUUCAUUUCAAGGGAGACACAAGAGUAUUAGGACACAAUUUCUUUGUUACUCAAAAUGGAUAAUUUAGAGUCACAGGUCAAUAACUCUGGAGCAAAUGCUAUUUUCUGUAAGAUAUAUUCUUCAAAAUUGACAGGUAAUAAUUGGGGUUUUGCAUUGAUAACACUAAUAUUGACUACCGAUGGCUCCACAUGUAAAAUUAUGGCUGGGCCAUUGUGUUGUGUUCCUGGACAAAACACUUUACCUCAGGGAGCCUCUCUCCACCCAGGAAUAUUACAACUGACAAAUUUUCAGGGGCAUCUGCUAAGAUGCAGGGGUUAACUUGGUGAUAGACAAGCAACUCAUCAAUACUCCUUGUCAUUUCAUAUCAGUAUAAAGUCUUGGUUUUUGCGGUAAACAGAUCUUAGAAACAAAAUUUCCUUCACCUAUAUCUUGUAAAUGAAUCACUUCUGAGACUUAAAAUUUAGUACAGACCAGUCUCAUUGGGUAAUUAUGUAAUUACCAGAAAAUAAAAGUUGGGUGAAAUUGUGAAGUUAGCUUCCUGUACCACCUUAACCAUUUAACUCUCACGAGUGACCAAGACAGAAUUUUUCCUUACAAUAUCAAUACAAUGUCAACCAGAUAAGUGAUGAGAAUAAAGAAAAAUAUCAAUUUUGGAAUAAUUAGUUGAUCCAAUACUAAAUUCUCUGAACUAAAAUUACAAGAAUUGUAUAGUUGACAGUAAGGAGAAUUACAAAUUUGAUAUGAGGGUUAAGGGGGCCAGUGUGGAUGCAAAAUCAGAUAAGAUACACGGUUCCCUUAUUUUUCUUACUUUUCACAAAUUAGUUUCUCUAUUAUUAUUGUAGAUUGCUUUCACAAUGAUGUUGAUGGUACACCUGAGCAUUUAAAACCAAAGAUUACUGAAUUUUUUGAAAAGUGGGAAGCUGUAGAGGGCUGUUUCUUCAACAAUUCCAGGGUAAUCUUCCACUCAUUUGUGUUCAUAUACCUACUCUCCUGGAAACAUACUUAAUCUUGCAGUUUCUGGAAAAGUUUUCUUCAUCUCUCAGAUAAAAAGAGUAUACUAUUAGAUAUUUGUACAAUCUUCAAAGAGGGGAAAUCAAGUAAAUUUGACCCUAUUAAGACAUUUUUAUAGUGUUUCUCUUUAAAAACACGGUUGCUUUUUUGUGAAUACUUAUCAAGGGUCACCCAUACCUUUUGUAAAAGUCAGUCAUGUAAAAAUGUUGGGCCUUUUUGGGCAUUACGAAUAAUAUCCAAAACUCUCUCAUGUUCGCGCAAAAUUCAAGACAAUUGAUAUUUUACUUUUUCUAGCCAUCCUCACGCUACAAAAGAUUAUUAGUCUGUUAUAUGACUUUUAUCGAUCCAUAUGAAGUCCAUCUCUUGCCAAAAUCCUGGUCUAAACUUAACUAUGGCUGUUGGAGAACAAUGUGUUCAUUUUCAAAACAGUUAAAUAGCUUGAAAUUCAUCACAUAAAUCAAAAUGGUUUACAAAUCAUUUUUAAUUCAACUCCUAUUUCACAGGUCACUUUAAAAUUAAGAAAUUCAUUUACAUGGACAUGAAAGGAUCUUAUAAUCUUUUAUCAUGAUUCACAAAUGAAAAAAAAUUAAAUGGCAAUUCACGAGAAAUAGAAUUGCCCAAUCACCCUUAAAUGAUAAUGUGUACAAGUCAAUUUUGAUUUCUAGAACCACACAAUUCCUGUGCCAGUAAAUGGGUCACAUCAAAACAUAUCAGGAGUAUACAGUGUGUGUGAUAACUGUAGAAAGCCAUAUUCUGCCCUGGAGGAAUUCUACAAGAGUAUAGCAAAUUCUGAUGAUCUCAAAGUUUGUGCUGAUGUGUCUGCUUCUGUAAGUGUUACUUCCUCGCAAAUGUUGUUGGCUGUUGAGUAAGAGAUACUAGGUGGGCUGGUAUGAUUUUGCCAGAUUGACUGUAUGUUAGCCUUUAGCAGCUACUUAAUGAGAGUGCUGAAAUUUACCUGAGAGAUUUUGCUAACCCUUCUUAUCAUUUUUUUUUUUUUAUUGUUAAGUAAAUCUGCCAUUUUAUUUCAGAUGAAUUAUACACGACAGCACUGGAGCAACAGUUUUCACUGUGUCAAAAUUGUCCAUGAUCUGGUCUCUGUGGUGGCUCUUACAGUGUUUUUUUGCUUCCUUCCUAUCAUAUUUUACUCUGCUGCUAGACUGCAGGGUGCCUCAGAAGUCAGGAAAACAGGUAAAGAAAUACUGGCCAUGCUUUAACUCUUUAAACCCCUUUAACCCUUUAACACCCAUGAGUGACCAUGGCAUAAUUCCUCCUUACAAUAUCAAUACAAUAUUAAGCAGACAAGUGAUUAGCCUGCAGUGCAGGUGUCUUGUUAGUGCGAGCUAACGCUAAAAGCUUGUGAUCAUUUGUUCAACCAGCCAUUUUUGAUUUGCAGUUAGAGUGGAUGGUGGGGGUAGGGGGUGGGGGAGGGGAGAAAAGACGCCUGCCUGAAGAGGCUGUUAAAAUGCCCUAUGCCCCCUGAUUAGUUGCGCUUCACUGCAUUUCCGGAAAUAAGAAGGUAACCAAUAAAAAUGAGUUUAUUUAAAAGUUGUUGACAAUGACUUCCAGCAAAAACCAACACAUGUGGAGCCGAGCUGUCAUAUCCAGCUACAUAUAGUGCGUAAUGUCCAGUAAGAGUGCGAAUGACAACUGUAGGCUUUGUGGAGUUUCCUUCAAAAUUCAGUUCGGAAAUCUCCCCAAGCAGAGCCACUCUUCAUCAGAAAAUAUUUUCAAACCUUCAAAACAGAAGGAGUGCUUUGGAGUUGUUUUGAGCGAAAUUGUUCGUCAAGUUGGAUUUUCCUUGGUGCAAGAUAGCUUGAGAUUUUCAGAUCAUGUUUGCCACCCAUGUGGCCAUAAGAUUUGAAAUUAAGGCCAAUUGUACCACUUUGUCAAGAACGCAACUACAACAACGUCUACGCCAGUGAAAACUAGCAAAAGAAACCUUGACACGCCAGAUAAAGCUAGUCCACCGUGGAGGAAAUCAAAAUCUGUAUGUGUUCGUUCCCUGAUUGGCAAGACUCCAUUGAGGGAAGUUCCUCCUCUCAUACGAUCAAAAAAGUCUCUCGCCUUUGAAAAUGCAGUGAAUACCUCAUCUGCCUUGUUGGUACAGGAAAAUGAGAUGCUUAGUCAUAUGAAUGUUUUGACCGUUGACUGCCCCCUUGGUAUAAAUUUUUACUCUCCCCAGCCUUCCGCUGCCAUUAAAAUCAAAGAUGGUGGCCAUAAUAUUCAUUAUGAAAUUACUUAGCCAAAAUUAUGCCUGCUCUACAGACUAAAAAGUGAUGAGAAAAAAGAAAAAUAUGUAAAAGGUGGUUAUUAGUUGAUCCAACACCAAAUUCUCCAAAUUAACAUCACAAAAACUAUAUGGCAGACAGUAAGGAGAAUUACUAAUGAGAUCUUGGGAUUUAAAAGGUUAACUCCUAGAAGUGAUGAACUUUUUCCUAUAAUAUCUUUACACUAUCCUGCAAUCAGGUAGUGAGAAAACUCAAACUUAUCAGGUUAAAUUUGCUGUUUUGAUUAACAACAAAUUCUUCUAACUUAUUUACAAGGAAAUGUAUAGCAACUAGAGGGGAGAAUUAACAAUCAGAUCUUGGGAGUUAAAGGUUAAAUCCCAAAAGUUGGUUAGUGAAAGAAGGUUUAAUUUAGGCCCAGGUUUUUGGCAAUCAAUGGACUUUGACAGUUCCCUAUAGGUGAAGUUUUUGAAGUUAUUAGAUCUUUGUUUUAGAUCAAAUAGAAGCCCAGUUAACAGUUUUGCAAAACCUUGAUGUUUAGGUGAUAUUUUCUGCUUAGUUUAAGAUUGUUUAGAGCACAGUUUGGAUGAACAAGGGUUAAACUUUGUUUUAAUAACUGGCUGUUAGAGUGACCAGCCUCUAAUAUCACCUUACAGGAACACUGAAUCAUUCUCUUAAGAUCAUGAGAAUUAGAGAAAUGAUUGCCCACUUGAGUUGCUUUGAUUGUUAGUACUGAAGAAAAUGCUUAGAGAAGAGAGGGGGUACAGAAGCUGUUUUUUCCCAUGCUAAGUUUGCAAAUUCAAUAUCGUAUCUCUUUUCUGAAGGUUGCUUAUGCUAUGAUUUUUGCUUUUUUUCUUGAGGACAUCUCUCUAUCUUAACUUUGUUUCUGUAUUUGUUUUCAAAGUUUUUUUUGUCUUAAUUCCUUAUUUGCUGCAAAGCUCUGCUGUCUGUCAUGAGGUUUCUCUUUUGUUAAAAUUGUCUUUAUUUGUUGUAAUGACAUUACUUUCCCUGAUUGAAGUACUGGCUCAAAAAAGCAUUUAAACUACAAUGUAAAUUCUCCUUAUUCUGUAAUUUAUUUGUUUGUUUAAUUUAAUGCUUCAUGUUGUUAGUAAUUGUGUAAUUACUUGUUUUUUUUUGUGCACCACACGAAUGAUUUUUUUUUGUUUUGCAGAAACUAUGAGGGCUCCUCUGACCUGAAAGUCUGCAACUGAGGGGCAACAUGUCAUCCAGGUUUUGAACAUGUUAAGUGUUCAGAGUUGCUCAAAUGCUGACUUGAUCAAAUGUAAAGAUCAUUGAGGUUGCUUCACUCUUUACAUUCCAGUGGGAAAAUUCCACAUAAGUUAGAGGAAAGAAAUGAGUGUAUUAACUGGAAACACAUCCAGUUGAAUCUUGAGGGACCUUUGCAAGAACUUUUGUUGGAAAACAGCGAGAAAACUUAAUUAAUCUUUCAGAGAAGUAGAAAUGAGGAGAAAAGCCCCCUAUCUAAUUGUUGACUCUGAAAAAUAAUUGAAAAUGACUGAUAAAUGAAUUAAAUAACUUCUUCAGUAUGCAGUUGCAUGUGCAUGCUACACCUUAAAAAAUCACCAAAAUUUCCUCUAAAAACAACUGUGAACUCCUCUCUUCUGAUUGGUGUGCUCACAUUUAUGAACGUCAGCAUCUUGCUGCAAAUCUUACUGUUCAGUUUUCUUUGAAAUUGUUGAUUAAAUUGCCUCUGAGAAACUUCAUCUAAACUAAAGGAGGUUACCAAUGUUGCAACCUCCAGCAAAAAAUGAGCUUCAAAUUAAUAAACGUCACAUUUGUUAAAAAAAAACUGAAAGGAUUUUACAUCAUCGGCUUUAGCCUUCAACAUCCAACUCUGACUUCCAGUAAUGAGUAACAAACAACUCCUAUUCUAUAUCAAGAUAUUUUAUGGCAAACAGGUGUGAGGGAUAGAAAGCUUCAGCUUGAUUUAACAUGAAAAUUGUCUCGACUAGUACACAAGUAACUGGAUGGCAGCUGGAAGAAAAAUUUUAAAUCUGACCUUGGGAGUGUAGGGGCUAGAUUAUAAAGCUUCUUGAUUUGUGCAGCAACCCUUUGUUUGGUACAAGACACUCAUAAGAAGUUUUUAUGUCUUUAAUAUUUUUAUUUCUUUGAUUGUUGGUCUGUUGUGGAGAAACUCUAAACAAUCACUAAAGUUUUGCACAAAGUUUUGAAUUUGAAAUAGAAGCUAGGUAUCUUGUAUUAAUACUGAAGAACAUGGUAUGUCUACCAAAGAAUAGAAUGUCAGGUUCACUUCACAGCUGUGGUUUGCAUUGUGUGAUGAUACUAGACAACAAGGAAUCUUCUAAAAUGAUAAUUUGGUUUUGUCAACUGAGUUGAUAAUGUUCACUCCGACGAAGGGCUUACGCUCGAAACAUUAGCUUUAGAAACAUUUCACGGUGGCCAAUUAACGUUAUAAACUCAGUUGAUAAAUUAGAACCAAAUUAUCUUGUAAUACCUUCCACCGACGUAGCACCACAGUUUGAAACUUACCCCCCCCCCC